UUUUUUUUUUAUGAGUCCCUGAGCCCUGAAUGUAGUUUGUAAGAUCAAAGCCCAGAGCAGCUAAGGACCAUGCUGAGUUAAAUGGGGCAUUGGGCUCUGGUGGGUGGGUAAAACCCCAAGCCACCCAUUGCCAGAGCUCAUAAGUUCUAGAGGAGAGAGGAAGAUGACCUGCUCCUGGUGGUAUUUAUGUGGCAACUAAGAGAUCAGUAAUCUGGAGAGAGCAGGGCUGGUGAAGGAGGGAGUGACCUGGAUUUGCCCAAAGAACCUAGGGGGAGCAAGUACAGGAGUAAAAGUGGGAGGGAUGUGUUGUCAAACAAGUGUCUUGUCACUGAAAUACGUGGCUCCAGAGCCCCCAUCACCAGAGUCUUUAAAUAAACCCUUUAUUAAACCUUUCCACAGUGCAGAGUUUAAUAAAUAUAGAUGGAGCUCUCAGUGGGCUUUCGGGGCCCCACCCAAGUCACUUUUCCAGUGAAUUUGAUAAGUUGCUGUGACAGCAAACCCACGCUUCCUCUCAGAAAGGAGUGCCUCCAAUUUUGACAUUAUAUUGAGGUAGUUUUUUCCUUACGUGAAAUUUGAGCAAUUUUCUGGAAUCAUUAUUCUUUAGGGGUUAUAGCUGGGUGUUGGCAAAUGAGUCCUGUUAUUUUUAAAACAGUUUCUGAGUGGGUGAGUAUGGAACAGUGGGCAUAGUAUCAAAUAAGUGAAUGUGUGGGUAUACAUGUAUCAGUGAAAGCCAGAGUAAUUACUAUUCUCAGUGCAUGAAUUGGCACCAUACCGUGCCCUAAAUUGCAGAUCUAAGCAGAGUGCUAGUUAACAGGAAAUUACAUUUUCACUUUAACAGUGGCAUUUCGUUGUGCAGAAAGGAGUAGGUUCCUUCCUUUCUCUUGCAUUCUGCGUCUCUUUCACACUUAUAAAUACAUUUAGCGCUCAACUGCCUGAGGAGAGAGAGCUGUUGGGGAAAGAUGAGUGUUGUCAUCAAUACUGGGGACUUGGUGUGAUGUCACCGCGAGCUCCGUGUGAGCUCCGUGUGAUCGUAGGUGGUGUUGGCGCUGCAGAAGUGAGGGGGGGAGCGCAGCUAAAGAGAUGAUGUCGCUCCCAGACAAGCAGCCAGCCUCUCUCACUGCUGCUUACAGCCAGCUGUAUAAGGACAAGCCUGCCGAGUGCCGAAUGGACUCCCCAAAAGAAUUCAGUCAAUCUGGAUUUGAGUGGCAGAGGACAGAGGGCAAACUGAAUGAGAUUGGGCUAAAUGUCAGCAUGGACAGGCAGCUGAAAGAUGGGAUUGUGAAAAAUGCCAGCUUCCUGGAGCAGAAUAAGCGGUGCUUCUUUGAGGGGAAGCUAAACAAAGAGCUCAGCAUUGAAGUGCGGGACAAGGAGUAUCAAACAACCUCAGGUCACCUUGAGAGCAGGUAUGUGAUUUCAGAUACCUGCCCUCCCUCAGGGGGGAAUACGGCACACCAGAAGACAGCUGAGUUCCAUCUGGGACCCACAGAGGGGUCAGACACAAACAAAGCCACAGUUCAGGGGAAGGUGACAGGGAAGAAUGGGUUAGAAACCAAGAGCCAGCCAAACCUGGAUUUCUCUGGGGCUUCCGACAUCCACAUCUGGUAUGUUAAAGAGCAGGAAACCAGUGUUUGGAACCCCAACUUUCAUUCAGUCCCUCAAUGGGAAGCAGCUCCAGGAAAGAAGGAGGACGGCAUUACCCUUGGCUGCCCGGUGACUGGAGUCAUGAAUGAGAACUUUGGGCAACUGGAAUGUGAGUCCCCACUAUCGGUGGCUGCAGCCCACCCAGCCCCCACUAUCGAGCAUUCACCUACUGCCGUUCCACCAAUCACUAUGGUGGAGUUUGCCCAGGAAUGUUUGAAUGCAAGCUCUCACAUCAGAGACUAUGAUAAGGAAUUGAAUACAUUGAGUUCUACUGAGGAGGGGGCUUGGACUGACCAAGCCCCCCAGCAGAAAAAGUCAAUGCGCAGGGCCCUGUCUGAAUGUUCUCACCUCUCAGUUCCCCCAGCUGUCAACCUUGCAGAUAAGUACCCUGAGCUCCCUGCCAGAGAAGAGCUUUCUUCUGGCCUGCUGCCUCCUACCAGUAGCCCAAAACCUAAUCCUAUGCCCAGGAAAUUGGGGGUUCCUGCCAUGAGGCGCUCCAUGACGGUGGCUGAGGAACAGGCACCCAACUACAGAUUGGACCCUGGGGAGCUGCCCAUGCCGUCUAUUAAAGAGAUACCCCCUUUCAUCUGUGAGGAACCAGUGGCCAAGAAGAGAGAAGAGUUGACCUACUUCAGCAACAGCAGCUCUGGGAAGAAGGAACUGGGCACUGCUGGCUUAUAUGUCCAUAGUAAGCUGGAACAGAUUCCUGAAGUAAGCAGCACGGAAAAAGCAGAAGAAGAUAUUAGUGCAGCGAAAACUGAUUUGUGCUCACAGGCCUGCCAGGGGGAUGAGAAGCAGCCAGGACAAACAGCUUCAGCAAGGAAGAAAGAAAUUGAGGUCAGUGCAACCCAGAGCACUCCAUCGUUCCUGUGUGAAGAGGCCCCACGUGAUGGUAUGUUUCUAAAUUUUGCCUCCAUGGGGAACAAGCACACAGCAAGGAAGGAACCAAAGUGACAGAUUACAGGCAGAAGCUCUCAGCAGCUUGUUACUGCUGGGGUCUGUCAGUGCCUGGGGAAAGCUUAAUUUCCUCGCAUUGGAAGGUUGCUGGGAGUGAGGCGUGAACAAGAACAAUGUGAGCCUAGCUAGGUCAGACUGAAUGUCUGGCAGUAUAGACUGAGGAUGUGUGCUGAUUGGGUUGAGGGUGGGAUGGGGUCAUAGGGUGAUGGGCAUAAAAAAUGGUGCUGCCCUGCCUCACCCAUCCCCAUCGUUCCACCCAUCAGCUCCCUGUUGAUUUGAACCAAAUGAUUCCUGAGCUCUAAAUCAUCCAAUCACAACUGGUUGAUUUCCUUGCUGGAAAAUCUGUCACUUUGUAUAGAGUUACAAUGGGUUUAUCAGCACUCACCUCUUCUCACUAAAUAGCAGUCUGGGUGUAAGCUCUGUUUUCCGUUUUGCUUUUGAGAACAUUUUGUUUUUGUUUGAGCUGAAAGAGAGCCUUUUGGAGCUGAGCUGUUUAAUAUUCUUUUCCUGUUCUUCAUGUUUGACCCAAUCUUGAUUCCAGUUUUCUUUUUAUGUGUGCUUGCUUGUUGGGAGGAUUUGUGCGGAGAAGGGAAAGAGGAGAGAGGAGGGGAGACGGGCAACUGAAUAACAGCUAAAUGCUAUGGUCUUUGUGGCUGCCUUCUGUUCUUUCUUCCUGGCCCUUUCUUCUUUCCCCAUCCCCCAUAUCCCAGAUCUUAUUGUUGGUGGUCGAAAAAAGCUUGUUUUUCUUUGAGUCCAAUUUGAGCACAAAUGGCCGUGAUUCACAAGCUUGUUAACUGGGAUUUAAAAAUGUGUGUUCUGCUUGUAAAAAAAAAAAAAAUAAGCCCUUCUCCUGGGACCUGUUUCCUCUUUUAUUUAUCUUAGUACAUUUUCAUGAAUUUUUAAAAAUUCUUUUCCCUUAAGAUAUGAAAUUGUAUUUUCUAGAAGUGGGGUAAGUGAAACGGGUGAUGAAAGACUCUUGAAGACUGACUUUUUUUAAUGACAGAAAAGCUUCGUGGUUACUCUGUGAUUAUGAGUCGGAAUUGACUCAGUGGCAAUGGGUUUGCAUUUAGUUUAUGCUGUUGCUUACUUUUAGCUGUGGUAGAACUGUAAACUCGUGGACAGGAUUCCAUCACUUUUUGUUGAUCACCAGAUGCCUAGCUCAGGCCACAUACUUGCUAGGUGGUAAUGAGUGAAUGUUUUUGUUGGUUUAUUUCAGGACAAGAUCAUUCUGUUUUCAUGCUAAUUGGAAAAACUUUCAAAUGAUUCUGAUUAACCCACUGAUCCAUUCACCACAUAAAAGUUUCAGUGCAGACUCUGCUAAAUGCUAUGUAGAUAGAAAGAUAUAAAGAGUCAUUCAUUCAGUGUGUCAUUUUUAAGUACAUAUGAUAAUAAGCCAGUCACUUGUCUUAGCACUGGAAAUUGUCUUUGUUCUGAAGCAGGUUAUGAUCUAGUUGGGGUGAUUUGUAAGUACGUAUAAGAUCGUUAUAGAGACCUGAGAGAGUUAGAUAAAUAGUUAUGGUGCUUUGGGAAUAAGGAUUGUCAAUCAUGGAAAUUUUUUUGAGGAGGUGGCGUUUGAUCUGGGCCUUGGAAACCCAGGACACCUAACAAUGAGUUGGGUUUCUCAGAGGGGAAGCCUUUCAGCAAAGGGACUCAUGUAAGCAAAGGUAUGAAGCCUAAAUAGCUCAUGUUACAUAAAAAAAAAACAAUAACUGGUGUUUAUGGGGUACUCUCUUAAGAAUCAAUUAAUUGCAGAGGAAAAAAACACAUGCAGAAGAACUCAAAUUCAUGAAAACGUAUUUAUUGACGGGAGAUAGAAUCUAAGGGAAUUUAAUUGCAGUAAGGGUAGCCAGGCUGCAGCGAUUGUGUAUGUCUCUCUUGGACCCACUGCUUCUCCUUGCACAUGUGGUCUAUUCUCUUUGUCUUCUGGAAACUGUUUUCCUCUGCCAUCCCUUACUUUUUGCUUCCUUUGUGACUGGCCUGCACAGAUUGUUGGGUUGCCAUUGUUUGGGCUCUGUGCCCAGAUUUAUGCUACCUUAGAUCUCAGGGAUCCAAGGUUGCUUGACUGCAGUUUCCCUGUAUUAGUUCAAAUUAGAGAGAGAGCAAGUAAAUAGAUCUUAUUGGCUCAGCUUGGUUGUCUUGGUCCAGACAACCUUGUACGAGGUACCACAGCCUUCUUAACCACUCUUAGCAGCUUAGACCUGCCCCCUUCAUUCAUCUGGAGAUGCCUAUAGGGCAGAGCAUAGGAGUUGAGCGAAUGUGCCAAAGGCACCCAUAUAUAUAUGUGGCAAGAAAUAAUGGAAGGAAAGCCUAGAAAGUUGUUUAGAACCAAAUUUUGCUGAACUUCAAAUGACUCACUAAGAAUUUUAAACUUUACUCCCAUGUUCAAAAAAUUGUGCUGACUACCUAUGACAAGCCUACCAAAUAAAGUGGCCUGAGAUCUGUUUUGGGAAGACUCACCUGCUUUUACUAGUAAGAUGAACUAGAAAAGACAGACUCUGAUUGAAGUCAUAAAAUCCUUUUAUGACAGCUUGAUUCAGGUGGUGGCAGAGGAAUCAAGGGCAUGAUAGGGGAAAUAUGACAGAGGUGAAAUCAGUUGGACUUGAAAACUGAUUGGAUGUGGAAGGUGUGAGACACAGAAAGAGAGGGUUUUAGAAUAUGAUGCUGUGAUUUUGGGCCUGGUUUUCCCAGCUGGUGGUAGUGCAAAUAAUGGAAAGAUCCAACAGAAAAGAAGAAUUUUGCAGAGGAGUUAGAGUUCUGUUUCAGACAUUCUUUUGUAAAACUGUGGGAACAUUUAUGGAGCCCUGGUGGCCCAGUGGUUAAGAGCAUGACUGUUAACCACAAGGUCAGCAGUUCGAACCCACUAGCCGCUCCUUGGAAACUUUAUGGAGCGGCUCUACUCUGUCCUAUAGGGGUGGUUUUAUUUCUCCAUUGCCUGGUAUAUACUCCUGAGUCAAAGAGGGAGGGUCAUGAUGAGAGGUACCAUCUGGAAGGAAGUAACAAUUUGUGUUUAUGGAUAAGUGAGGUGUGUUUCAUUGGGUGACAUUUAUUUCUACAGAUUGGGAUAUCACAGGCAAUGAGACUUUAAAGCAUUCAUAUUGUUCACUGAGAAAUCCUGUGCCUAUAGAAAAAUAUUCAUUGUGGUUUGAGGCCAUUGGCUCCAAAUCACACUUAAUAAGAUCUUCUUUCAGCUUGCUGUAUAACAAAGGCAUUACCAACUUUCAUGGAUUGAAUUGUGUCCCCCAAAAAUAUAUGUCAAUUUGGCUAGGCCAUGAGUCCCAGUGUUGUGUGAUUGUCCACCAUUUUGUCAUCUGAUGUGAUUUUCCUGUGUAUUAUAAAUCCUAUCUCUGUGAUAUUAAUGAAGUGGGAUUAGUGGCAGUUAUGUUAAUGAGGCAGGACUCAAGUAUAAGAUUAGGUUGUGUCUUAAGCCAAUCUCUUUUGAGAUAUAAAAGAGAGAAGUGAGCAGAGAGAUAUCGGGACCUCAUACUACCACGAAAGCAGUGCUGGGAGCAGAGCACGUCCUUUGGAUCCAGGGUUCUUCUGCGGAGAAGCUCCUAGACCAAGGGAAGAUUGAUGACAAGGACCUUCCUCCAGAGCCAACAGACAGAGAAAGCCUUUUCUUGGAACUGCUGCCCUGAAUUCAGACCUUUAGCCUACUAGACUGUGAGAGAAUAAACUCUCUGUUAAAGCCAUCUACUUGUGAUAUUUCUGUUAUAGCAGCACAAGAUAACUAAGGCACCAACUGCAUGUGUUUUUACCACAUCUUUAACACCAAAAAUUUAAUUCAAUUUUUUACUAAAAAUACAUAUGAUGUAAACAUCAAAAAGUACAAAAAGCCAUACAAUAGAAAGCCUCCUACAAAAUAAGAUGACAUUCACUAGUUUUUCCCUGUUCCUCUCUUCUAAAUGUAACUAAAUUCUCUGGAAAUAAUUCAACAGACAAUCAUAAAAGGACUCUAAAAGGUGGCUAGGGACCUCAGGACUUAAGGAACAACAGUGUGGUGAAUUUCCUGGGUUUUCUUUUUUAUCUCCCAUGUAUGCCAGACGGGGCACUAGGGAGUUUGCAAUUCACAAUUGCCAACAAGCAUAGACAAAAGUAAAAGAAUGAAAUAAAAGCCUGCUCUCUGACCAAAGGUCCAGGAAAGGGGAAGCUCAGUACAGACCUAGUGGGGAACCCUGUUCUCCAACCCAUACGCAGCAGCAGUGGUGGGUCCAUCCCAUUGUUCACGCCACGCUUGGCAGCAGUAACAGGGACAGUAUGCCUACUCUGGCAUCAGUCCCAGGGAGACCUAUCCCCUGCCCCCUACCAGGCAACAGACAGCAGCAGUUCACACUAAACCCAUUGCCAUCAAGUCGACUCUGACUCAUAGUGACCCUACAGGACAGAGUAGAACUGCCCCAUAGGGUUUCUAAGACUGUAAAUCUUUAUAGAAGUAGACUGCCACAUCUGUCACUCAUGGAGCAGCUGGUGGGUUCAAACUGCCGACCUUUCAGUUAACAGCUAACCAGCUUAACCACUGCACCACCAGGGCUCCUCAUUUCACACUAGUGGCUCCUAAAGGCCUGGUGUAUCCUGGCCCUCUACUCAAAUGGCAGAAGGAGACCCAGACUUGGCAUUUCCUGGCACCCCUCAUGCCCAGUGGCAGGAGCUUGCCCAGGUAUAUGCUUGCUUCUUAUGGUCACACUAGCAGAAAUGGAGCAGUAAGUCCACCAGUACCAGGUAGUCAGAGAACAAGCCAAGAGAAAUGCUCUCCAUCUCAUGUGCCCAGCAUUGCUCAGCAACCACCUAACGACCCUGGGUGGCUCAGGGAAGUGCCUUUAGCCCCUGCAGGCAGCACCAGCAAGGAUUGGAGCCAGAAGAACACAGAAGACCAGAAUUUGAUUGCAGGAGCUCUGAAAACUAAGUUAUCAUUGAAACUACAGCCCCUAAGCCAGAACCUACACACUGAAACAGGAUGACUACCUACUAAAGUACAAAAUUUAAGUAGGAUCAGGAUUCUCCUAAGAUAAUAUUCAAAAUGUAUGGAAUACAGUCAGAAAUCACUUGCCAUACCCAAAACCAGGAAAACUACAACUUGAAUAAGACAAGACAACUGACGCCAAUUUUGAGAGGAAUUAUAUAUUGGAAUUAUGUGACAGGGAUUUUUAAAGCAGCCAUCAUAAAAUUGCUUCAACAAGCAAUUAUGAAUUCUUUUGAAACAAAUGAAAAAAUAGAAAAUCUCAGCAAAGAAAAAGCAGUUUAUAAAAAAAAAACCAAAUGAAAAUUACAAAUAUGAAAAAUACAAUAAUCAAAAUAAACUAUUGAAUGGGCUCAGUAGCAGACAGGAGAUGAUAGAGGAUAGAAUGAAUCAGUUAACAGAACAGAAUGAAAAUAAACAAAAACAGAACAUCUGACAUUUUAUCAUCGGAAUCUCAGAAGAAAAGGAGGUGUGAGGCUGAACAACUAUUUGAAGAAAUAAUGACCAAAAAUGUUUCAAAUUUGAUGAAAGCCAUAAACUUACAGAUUCAAGAAACGGAGCAAACACCAAAUAGAAUAAACUCAAAGAAAUCCCCACCAAGAUACAUCAUAAUUAAAUUUCUGGAAAUUGAGGACAAAGAGAAAAUCUUAAAAACAAUCAGAAAUGAUGCAUUGCUUAUAAAAAAAUAAUUUUUUUUUUUUUCAUAAGGGAACAGCAAUUCAAUGGUAGUGGGUUUCACAUCAGAAACCAGGAAGGGUAAAAGGAAGUGGCACAACAUUUUUCAAGUGCUAAAAGAAAAGAACCGUCAACUGCAAAUUCUGUAUUUGGUGAAACUUAUCUUCAGAAAUGAAGGGGAAAUAAAGACAUCCUCAGACAAGGAAAGAGUUUAUUGCCAGCAGUUGUGGUAGUGGUUGUUAUUAGUUGCUGUUGAGUUGAUUCCAACUUAUGGCAACCACAUGUGCGAUGAGUAGGACUGCUCCAUGGGAUUUUCAAGGUUCUUGUGACCUUUCUUAAGCAGAUUGCCAAGACUGUCUUUCCAGACACCUCUGGGUGGCUUUGAACCACCAGCCUUUUGGCUAGUAAUCAAAUGCUUCAACAUUUGCACUUCAGGUUUCUAGGAGGCCUACCCUUAAAGAAUAGCUAAAGGAAGCCCUCCAAAUAGAUAAGAUAGGCUAGAGAAGGGGACUUGAAAUUUCAGAAAUGAAAGAACAAGAAUAAAAUGGGUAAAGAUAGGGGUGAAUAUUAUAGAGUAUCCUUCUCAUGAGUGUCUCAAAUCAUAUUUGAUGAUUGAAGCAAAAGUUAUAGCACCACCUGACAUGGUGAGCACAUGUACGAAGAGGAAAUAUUGGGGACAUUAUAUUUAAAAAGUGUAGAGGAUAAGCAGUCUUAACUGGAAGUUAGGUUUUAGUACUUCACUUGAAGUGAUAAAAAUGUUGAUACCAAUAGGCUGUAAUAAGUUAUGUGUAUGUAUUUUAAUACCUAGAGUAACCACUAAGAAAACUCUACAAAUCUGUGUACUCAAAAACAGAUUAAAAAAUAAAAAUGGAAUUCUAAAAUAUGUUCAAGUAUAACCCACAGGAAGACAAAGAGACACAGAGGAAUGAAAAACAGGGAACAAACAAAACAAAUAAUAAAAUGGCAGACUUAGCCCCUAACAUGCCAAUGAUUAUUUUCAGUGUAAAUGGUCUAAAUACUACAAUUAAAAGAUAGAGAUUGGAAGAGUAGAUUUAAAAACAUUACCGAAGUAUAUGUUAGCUACAAGAAAGUCAUGACAAACAUAAGGACAUAAGUAAGUUGAAAGUAAAAGGAUGAAAAAAGGUGUAUAUUAACAUUAAUUUAAAAAAAGCAGGAGUGGGCUGUAUUAAUAUCAGACAAAGUAGACUGAUACCAGAGCAAAGGAUAAAGGGUUACUCCACCAAGACUUCUUACUAAUCUAAAUGUAUGCCAAACAGUAGAGCUUCAAAGUACAUAAAACAAAAACUGACAGAGCUGAAAGGAAAAAUAGACAAAUCCGCUAUUAUAAUUGGUGACUUCUACACCCCCCUCUAAACAGGUGAUAGAACUACUAGACUGAAUAUUAGCACUGGAUGGGGAUAAGGAUUUAACAACACCAUCAAGCAAAAGGAUCUAAUUGACAUUUUUAGAAUGCUUCACCCAAUACCAGCAGAAUAUAUAUCAAGUGUUCAUGGAAUAUUUACCAAGAUGGAUCUUGGGCCAUAAAACAAACCCCAAUAAAUUUAAAAGAAUUGGGAUGAUACAGAAUAUAUUUUCUGACCAUAAUGGAAUCAAGUUAGAAACCAAUAACAGAAAUACUACAGGAAAAUCUUCAGACACUUGGAAAUUACGCAGUACAGAUGUAAAUAAUCCAUAUUUGUUUAUUUCAGAACAAGAUUAUCUACCCAUUCAUCCACUCAUGCUGAUAGAGGACGUGUACUAGAGUUAUGUAAGGUGUCAGCACUUGAGGGAGUCUAGCUGGGGGACACAUGGGAGCUCCCUGUAGAUUUCCUUGCAGCUUCCUAUGACUCUAUAAUUACUUCAAAAUACAAAGUUUUUCUUUUUAAAAAAAGAAAAGCUCCUACCUUCCCCCAGUUUUGUGCCCCACCCCGCCCCCCCAAAAUUUAGGUUACCAUUGUUUCAUUUCUUCAUGAUCCCUCCAGACAUUUUUUUUAAAUGCAUGUAAAAGUGUAUUUGCAAUAGAAAUCUAUUUUCUUUCCUCCACCUCUUUUUUAAUUAAGUGGUUUCAUAUUAUAUGUGCUGUUUUGCUCUUACGUUUUCUUUUCACUUCAUACUUUGAGAUUGUUCCAUCAUCAGUCAUAAAGAAUUUCUUCAUGCGUUCUUUUCCCACUGAGUCAGAGAUUACAGUGAUAGAUCUGCCAUAAUGUUUUUAACCAGCAUUCUAUUACUAGGUUUCUGGAUCCCUUCAGUCCUUUGUGUUUAGAAACAAUGCUGUGGUGAAAAACCUUGUACAUUUGCAAUUUUGCAGGUGGUGCGAAUAUACCCCUUUAAGAUAAAUUUCUAGAACCUGGAUUUCUGGAUGGAAACUUUAUCUACACUUGUCAUUUUCUUCAUCACCUGACUGCCCUGCAUAUGGGUGGCACCAGUUGACAGACCUACCAGCAGUGUAUUCCCCAUAUUGUCUUGGCAGUUGUUUUCAAACUUUAGGACUUUUGGCAAUAUGUUAGGUUAAAAAUGCCAUCUCAGUAUGGUUUUCAUUUUCAUUUCUCUUAUUAUACUCAAGAUUGGGGAUCUUUUCAUAUUUUCAAAAGCUAUUUGCAUUUUUUUUCUGUAAAUUGUGCUGAUUCUUUUGACCAUUUUUCUAGUGCGUUGUUGGCAUUUGUAUUCAUUGUUUUGUAGCAUUUAUUUAUAUAUUUUAAUAUGAAUUUAUGUAAUAAGCUCUUUGUCUUUAUAUGAGUUUCAAAUAUUUUUUCGUCAUUUGCUCUUUCACUUUUCUUAGUGUUUUUUAGGGGAGUUUUGGUUUUGGGGUUUUGUUUUUGUUUUUUGCUACACUGAACUUUUUUAUUUUUCGGUCGUCAAAUUUUGUGGCUUCUGGAUUUCGUGGCAUAGUUAGAUCUUUCCCACACCAACGUGGAAUUUUAAUGCUUUCAGGUGUAGCCCUAUUGAAAUCUAAAGUACCCUCCCCACAGUGGUGUUGCUAGGCACAGCCUUAGGCAGCAGGCUUUAUUUCUGGCCCUGGGUAACUGCUCUGUUACAUGAAUCUCCUCAGCCUUGUUGGGAAUCUGGGUCACUGCUAGAACUUGAUCAGAUUAGUCUCACAUCCUUCAUAUAAUGAUGCUUUACAGGGAAAGGAAGUAAAGGUAGGACAUUAGAUGAUCUUCUGGCUCUUAGCCCAUCUUUCAGCAACCUUUAUUCCAAGGAGUAGACUUUGCUCGAAGAGGUCUUUGUCCCCUGUAUGUCCCAGCUAGUGAUUGGGUGACAGAACCCCUUUGCUGGUCUCCAGGGAAGGGAAACCAAAGUUUAAGGGCCAUCUUCUCCCAUUGAUCAUUUGUGUAAAUUCCACUUAGGUUGCUUCUCCACAGGGACAGGCUCUCUGAUCUCUGGAAUCUAAAACUGUCCUCCUUUACAAUGAGGAGUAUCUGGGAGUCUUAACCACAUUUCAGCAGCAGGAGUCCUGUGGGGUUUUUUUCAGAGUGAAAUGCUAGUUAGUGGUGUGUCUCUGCUGUGCUUGCAUUUUUGAAACGGGUGCGAAAAGCAUUUGCUGAGCAUAAUUCCUCCCCUUCCACCUCUUUG